CUGCACUCUCCAAGCAUCAAAUCGUAGAAACCCAAGGUCGAUGGAUGCAAUCAAGAUCCUAUCACUAGCUUUCCUUUCUCACCAAUAACCCUCCAGUUGCUUCAAGGCUUCUAUCGAGGGAUGAGAAACAGCCAUCUCUAGCCAACAUACUAAUAUGAGAACCCGAGCAAUUGUAAAGAAAACUUGCCAACGGCAGUUAAAAAAUCCGUCCUUCACUUAUGCAAAUAAAUAGAAAAUAAAAAAAAAAGGACAGUAAGAGAAUGGAAGGAUAAUCUCUUUAAUUUUUCCUCAAAACAAGCAUAUUUAUAAAAGUAAGUAUCAAAACAAAUUAAAUUAAUAAUUUAUAAAAUAAAUGGGAAUAGGGUUCAUGCACCUAGGUCUCCACAUCUUUCUGAUCUCCUAUAAACACUGCCAUGAGACCUCACCACAGAGACGUACUUAAUUAGUCGAAAUUACUAAGCACUUCUCUGCAGGAAAAAUUGAAAGAUGGGUUUUGAGAAUGCAGCCCAAGUUUGCAACGGCAUCUUGUCCUCAGGUGCGGCCGGCAGGAAAAAGACGCCCCUCCCAUCUGAUUCCGUUAUCAAUCUCGACCACGGUGAUCCUACAAUGUUCGAGCCAUACUGGAGGAAUCUGGGGGGAAAUUGUACGGUGGUGAUUUCGGGGAGCGAUGUGAUGAGCUACUUUAGCAACCCCGGAAACAUCUGCUGGUUUUUGGAGUCCGGCCUCGCGGAUGCGAUCAGGAAGGUGCACCGGUUGGUGGGAAACGCAAUGACGGAGGAUCGCCACAUCCUGGUGGGGAAUGGCUCCACGCAGCUCUUUCAGGCGGCUCUGUUCGCUCUAUCUUCUGCUGAUGCGCCAGAACCCAUCAGCGUCGUGUCCGCCGCUCCUUACUACUCGGUAAGCCUAACAAAUUCUCCGCUUUGAUGCAAUUUUAAAAGCUGAUUUCCGUUGACCCGCCUGUAUGAGAGUAUCCACAAUGGUGGAUCUCUUAACGCCUCUUCCCCAGAUGUUAUCUGAUUUUCUUCUAUAUUAUUUUAUUCAACUCACUGAGGGUGUAACCUCUGGAACUUAAAUGUGGCGAAGACUACAUUUGUGAAGAAAAAAAAUAAAUAAAUAAAUAAGGAACAGGCUCUUCCCUCUAGGGGAAACUCUUGGAGUAGAAGAUACUCAUUCCACUCAUACAUACUUGUGACUCGAAUCUCUUAUUUCAUUAAAACUGAGAGAUUACCAUUAGUGCAUGUAGGUUGUUGCCCAGUCUUAAUUUACUUUUAUGGUACGAGGAGAGGAGCUGUGUUUUAACUUUUAAUAUAUGUUGUAUGUUAGU